AUGCUUUUAAAAUUGGUCUUGUUUUUCAUAAUUAAUAUUUUUUUUAUACACACAAAAUGUAAUUCAUAUUAUAUAAGAAGAAAAUUUUUUGAGAAUUUAUUUUUCUUAAAUUAUAAUUCAAACAAUUUAAAUAACUUUGAUGUAGGUGGUAAUAAGAAAAUAAAAACCCUUGGUAAGAAAAAGAAUUUUAUCACAAAAUUAAAAAAUAAGGAAUAUAAUGAAAGAUAUCAAAAUAGUAGGAGAAAAUAUAAACAUGUAGAUAAAAAAUUUCCAGCAUGUUUUCUUUUAACUAAUAGAGAACAAGAUAAAUUGAGCAUACAAUGUGAUAAAAAUAAUCGUCAUAAACGUUUUUAUAUUUUUGGAAAAGAUAAAAAUAAAAAGAAUAGUUUAAAUACAAACAAUCGAAUUUAUUCAGCAACAUUUGAUAGUAUUUUUAAAGAAAAUUUUAAUGAAAAUGAUAGACUAAAAAAAAGUGAACUAAUUUCAAUUUUAGCAUGUAUAUGUACAAAUAUUGUAAUUCAGUAUUUAAAAAUAAAAGAAGAAAAAAAAUUGGAAAAUUUUGACUACUCUUUUGAUUAUAGUGUUAUGAAUAUAUUGAAGUUGGUAAAUUUUGAAUAUGAUGUUAAUGAAGAAAUUGAGAAAAAAAAAAAAAAUAAAUAUAAAAAAAAAAAAAAAAAAGAAUAUAUAGAUAAGACAUAUGAUAAUGAAUACACAGAAGAAAUAAAUAUAAAUAUAGACAAUAAAAAUACAAAAGAAGAAGAUGAAAAAUUAAAUGAGUAUAUUAAAAAGUUAGAAUAUAAUACAUUAGAAUUAAGUGAAAUAGAACCAUAUAUCGAUUUAUUUUUUGGAAAAAAAACUUAUAAAAAUAUUUUUAUAAAACAUAAUAUUGAUAUACAAAAAAUAUAUAAAGUUUUAAAUGAAGCACUUUUUGAUAAAUGUAAAGAAAAGGAAAAUGUUAUACAACUUCAAAAAUUUGUUGAAGAAGAAGAAAAAAAUACUUUAAAAAAAAAAAAAAUUAAUGUAAGAAAUGCAAAAACAUUUAAUGAUUAUAUGCACAAUUUUAAUGCUUUAGAAGAGAAACGAAAUAUUGAGGAAGUGGAAAAUAUACUUUAUGAUGAUAUGAACAAUUUAAUGGAAAACGAAACGGUAGAGAAUAAAGAAAAGAAAAAAAAAAAAAAAAAAAAAAAAAGAGAAAAUAGCCAAAUUGCAAAAUGGAAGAAGGAAAAUAAGUAUGGAGGGAAACUCGAGUUGGACCCUUCAAAUGACGAUGACGAUGAGAAUGGAAAUGAUGACGAUGAAAAUGGAAAUGAUGAUGAUGAAAAUGGAAAUGGGGAAAAUGAAAAUGGAGAGAAUCAAAAUGAUAAUGAUGAAAAUGGAGAGAGUGAAAAUUAUGAUGAUAAAAAUGACGAUAAAAAUGACGAUAAAAAUGACGGUAAAAAUGACGGUAAAAAUGACGAUAAAAAUGACGGUAAAAAUGACGGGGAAAUAAACUCCCUUUCUUACAUUUUAAUAAAAAAUUGCAGCAAUUUAGAGAAGGAACAAAGCGAAGAUCAAAAAGAAGAUAAAGGUGAUAUAAUUUUAAUAAAAUUUAUUUAUGACAAUAAAUAUAAAUGUGAAUUUCGAACGGAUAUAGGUGUUAUAGUAUAUGAGAUGGAAAAUGAUAAUUUGGAAAACCUGGAUAAAAUAAAAAUUAUAAAUAUAGGAAAGGAAUCUAAUGGUAAUAUUAUUGUUAGGAGAGAAAAUAAAAUAUGUGAAAAAAAUGAAUUAAAUGAGGAUAGUCUAAAAUUUAUAGAAAAAAUAAACUUAUCCGAAUUAUAUUCCCUUCCAUAUAAAAAACGAUAUAAGAAAAAACAAAAAAUAAUAAAAGAAAUAAAUAAAAAAAUAAAUUAUGAUAAUGUUAAAGAAAACGAUAAAAAAAUAUUGUUAUACACAUAUUUAAGAAUAUGGGAUGAUGAUUUACAUUUUUAUGAAUUAAAUAAAUUUGAUAUUAAAAUGUUUGAAAAGGAUAAAAAUAACGAUGAAGAAAUGGAUGAAAAUGUAUCUUAUUUGAAUGAAAAAAAAAAAUACAAUUUUUUUCAAAAUUAUAAUUAUUCAGAUAAAGAAGAAAUAUUAAUUACAAGUGAUACAUAUAACAAAAUAGUUAGUAGUGAAAAAAAUUUAGAAAAAAGGAAUAAAAAUAUUUAUGAUUUAUUAAAUAAUGAUGAAAAAUUUUUUAAUGAUGAUUUUAUUUCAUUUAAUUUAAAUAUAUAUAUAAAUAAUAGAAAAGUAAUAAAUAAUAUUGAAGAUUUAAUAAAUAUUUUAAAAUCGUUUAAUUGUGAUUUUAGCAAAAAUAUUUUAAAUUAUUUAAUAAAAGUAAAAAAAGAAAAAAAAAAUUUUCCAUUUUUAUCAUAUAAACAAUUUUUAAAUAAUUACACAUUUAAUGAAGAGGAUGAAUUAUUUAGUGUAAAUAAAAUUUUAGACAAAUGUCGAAUCGAAAAUAGAUAUAUUAAUUUAUUUGGGGAAAAUGGUAAUUAUAGGAAUAACAGAUUUUCAAAAUUAUUUGUAUUUCCUAUAGCAUCAAAAUAUAGAUUAAAGAAAUAUAAAUUUAUUAAAAAUGGUGAAUUGAAUAUAUUUGAUACUCGAAAAGGGAUAAAUUUUUGUGGUGAAAAACGAAGAGAUGGUAUUUCCAUUUAUUCAAUCAUUGAUGAUAAUAAAAAAAACAAAAGAAAAAAUCGCGAAAAAAAUCACGAAAAAAAUAAGAAAAAGGAUGAAAAUAAUUAUCUUACACAAUUAAUGGAAGAUUAUGAUACAGAUUUUAGUAAAAAAAUAGAUAAUGAUUUGACAAAUUUUGAAAAUAUUAAUAAUAUUAUAGAAAUAAAAGAUGAAAAUAAAGAAAAUAUUGAAAAAGGAAAAAAAAAUUCUUAUUCAAGUGAUGAUAAAAAAUGUGUACAAAAUAAAAAAUCAAAUGUGAAAAAAAAUUAUUUCAAAAAAAUGAUAGAAAAACAAAAAAAAAUAAACGAUUUUUUGAGUUUAGAAAAUAUGAAAGAAAAUAUAAAAAAACAUAUAAACAUUGUUGAUUUAGAUGGUGCAAUUAAAUAUUUUACGAAUGAAGAAAAAGAAGGUGAAAAAAAAAAAAAAAAAUUUGAUAACAUCAACAAUAUUAAUGAUGAAGAAGAAAUAAAAGAAUUGAAUUAUAAUAAAGGUGAAGAUUUUGUUGAAGGAAUAAAUAAAAUGGAAGAAAUCGAACUUGAUGAAUCUAUAAAGAAAAUGUUACAAAAUAAUAAUAUGCAUAGAUUAAAUACAAUAGGAACUGAAAAUAAGAUAAAUAUAGAAAAAAAAAAAAAAGAAAAAGAAAAAAUUAAUAAUUUUUUUAAGGAUAUGAAAGCACAGGUGAAAAUAAGUAAUGAUACGUGUGUAGGAUGUGGUAUCUCAUUUCAAACGGUAGAUAAAAAAAGAUUAGGAUAUUUAAAAAAUCAUAUAUAUGAAAAAGUAAUAGCUGACGAAGAAAAUUCAGAUAAAGAUAGUAUACUAAAAGAGAUAUAUGAAGAGAAUGAAAAAUUUGGUGAAAAAUUUGGAGAAAAAUUUGGAGAAAAAUUUGGAGAAAAUGGUGGCAAAAAUGGUGGUGAGAAUUAUAAACUCGAAUUUGAAGAAAUUAUAAAAUCAACAAAGCAAUAUAUUCAAAGACAAAAUGAAAAAAAUGAAGAAAUCGAAAUAAAUGAACAAGAUAAAAAGGGGAAAAUUUUCAAUGAUCACUUAAUAAAUAACACAGAAAUGAAUUAUCUAGAUGAAGAAGGAAGAAUGAAAGAUGAAGAAAGUGAAAUAGUGGAUAAUAAACCAUAUAUAUGUGAAAGAUGUUUUGAUUUGAAAUAUAAAAAUAAGAUAAAAAAUAACUUAAUAAUUAACUAUAGUAAUAAUAAUGAAAUAAGUGCACAUGAUUUUGAAAAAUAUGUUAUAAAUAUAUUUAAAAAAAAAUGCUUUAUUAUAUAUAUAGUUGAUAUUUUAGAUUUAUAUAUAUAUUCCAAUUUACAAAAAUUAUUUAAAAUUUAUAAAAAGCUUCAUUCAGAUAAAAAAAAAGUUGAAGGAUUUUAUUUUUGUAUUAAUAAAGUAGACCUAUUAAAGGGAUAUAAAGAAUUUACUGUUAAAACUUAUGUUCAUAAUUUUUUGAAAAAUAAUAAAAUAAAUAUAUUAUUUAAUAAUAUAUUUUUAAUAAGUGCAAAAACUGGAUAUAAUGUGAAAAAAUUAAUAUACACUGCUUAUGUGCGAAGUAAAAAUGCUUUUAUGAAAAAAAAAAAAAAAAAAAAAGAGGAAUCUGAAAAUUUUUCAUUAGCAGAAGAAGAUGAUGAAGAAAUUGGCGAACAAAAUGAAGAGGGUGUGGAAGAUGAAAAUAAUGAAAUUGGAGAUCACAAUGAGGAAUAUAAAGAUUUAAUGAGCGAAUUAUAUGAAAACGAUGAAAAUGAAAGCGAUGAAAAUGAAAGCGAUGAAAAUGAAAGCGGUGAAAAUGAAAGCGGUAAAAAUGGUAAAAAUGAACAUAUUUGGGAAGAAUAUGGAGGAAAGAAAAGAACAAAAAAAAAUCCCAAAAAUGUGAAUUUAUACAUAGUAGGUAAUGCAAAUAGUGGAAAGUCUACACUCAUAAAUUAUUUACUAAAAAAUUUAUCAAAUGAAAAAAAUAAAAAUAUGAACAGUAAUAAUAAUUUUUUAAUUAGUAAUAGUAUUAUACCAGGUACGACAUUAAAAAAUAUAAAAAUAAAAUUAAAUAAAAAUUUAACAAUAAAUGAUACUCCUGGUAUAAUUUCAAAUAAUUCGAUUUUAUCAUAUUUAAAUUUUGAUGAAAUGAAAUAUGUAGUUUGUACAAAAAUGAAAAAAAAAAUUCCUUCUAUUUAUAUAAAUGAAAAUGAUUAUAUAUUUAUUGGUGGGAUAGUAUAUAUUAAUAUUUUAAAUAUAAAAAAAUAUUAUUCUAUUAUGUCAUUUUUUAUGUCUGAUAAAAUUCCAAUUAUAAAAAGAAAAAGAUUUUCAAAAGAUCCAAAAGAAUUUUUGAAGAAAAAAAUACAAAGUGGAUAUCUGUAUCCACCAUUUUCAGUUGAUAGAUUUAAUGAAAUUAAUGAUUAUAAAAAAUGUUAUUUUAAUAUAAAUAAUCCAUAUGUAAAUAUAGAUAAUAGUAGUUAUGAUAUACAUAUUCAAGGAAUGGGUUGUAUUACUUUUUAUUCUUUUCAAAAUAUUGAAUUUGAUUUAUAUACACUGAAAAAUGUUGAUGUGGUUGGAAGACCUUCUUUAAUGCCUUAUCAUAAAAAAUAUGGGAUGCUCGAUUUUUCAGUAAAAAAAAAAAUAUAA